AUGCCAAUAUCGCCAGUGCACAGAUUUCUGUGGGAACAGAAUGACAGAAAUCAAUCUCUGAUGAAGGCCAACACGGUUUCUUCAGUUUUGACCAGCCGUGCUUCAGUGAGAGGGCAAUGGACUGUGGAGGAAGACAAUUUAUUGGUGAGAUUAGUGAAAGAGCAUGGAUUUAGAAAGUGGUCUCAGAUUGCAAAGAAGUUGUGUGGUAGGAUUGGGAAGCAGUGCAGAGAAAGAUGGCAUAAUCACCUUAAGCCCGGCAUCAAGAAGGAAACAUGGACUGAAGCCGAAGAGAUUUCACUUAUCGAAGCACACAAGCAGUUGGGCAACCGUUGGGCAGAGAUGGCCAAAAAAAUCCCAGGUAGAAGUGAAAAUUCUAUAAAAAAUCAUUGGAAUGCUACCAAAAGAAGGCUGAGUUCAAAAAGAAGAUGCAAAAUCAGAGCAACAGCAAAAAUCAAAGCCUCUCUCCUCGAAGAGUACAUCAUGAAAACAACCGAACUCCUCAAUAACUCCUCAACCACAAAACAACAAAUUCUUACCACAACCCAAGCUGAAGCUUCAGAUUUAAAUAUCAUUAACUGUGGAGAUUAUUUCAGUGUGAGCAUGGAAGAGAAUUUUGAUUUCAUGGCAUCUUCUCCUCCCCAAUUUCAAGAGAUAUUUGAGAAGGAAGGUAAUGAAAGUUGUAGCAAUGGAAGUAUUGAUGAAUUUUGUUCAGAUCUAUACCUUUCAUAUCGCAUGGAUGGGCUACCUGUAAUGUCAGAUUUUGGGGGAUUUCAUGGAGGUAAGUUGGAAGAUUUGAUAGGACUCGACAAGGAUCUGGGAUGCAAGAAAGAUAUGGAUUUGAUAGAGAUGAUGUCAUUAUGUUCUUCUCAAGAGUAUUCAUAA